UCGGCAUGCUUAACACUACUGCAUCUGAUGCUUUGCAUUGCACUUGGUGAUGUAAGGCUUGGAUGCAGCUACUUGACCAGGGGCGGACUGAAAACUCAUGGGGCCCCCCGGGCAAUAGGGGAUCAUGGGGCCCCUGUGUCCUUGCCCACGCUCAAUGCACACCCAAAAAAGACCUUAAAAGGCACCAGGGGCAUUUCAUGGGGCCCCCUACUGACCCUGGGUCCUCGAGCAGUGCUCGAAUGGUCAGUCUGCCCC